GGGCGGGCCUAUUGUUGGGGGAACUUGCUUCCGGGGAGGGGACAGCAGUGCGGGGCGGACCAGCACCCGGAAGUGGUGACGCGGGAGACUGUGGGGAACUGUGAGCGGCGUCAGGUACGCUCCAGGCUUUUUGUCCCCGGGUUCGAAAUUCCCACUUUGGCCUUGGAAAUUCUUUUCUUCAUACCUCCUCACGUCUCCUAAGCCAUCCACUCCCGUCAGGCCUGGUGCGGCGAGUCCUGCAGUAGAGUUGGGUCCCUCUGGUCCCCGGCGCGCGGGGGGAGGGGGAGGGAGCGGGAGCCCCGGGCCUCGGGACCAAGCGUGCGUUCACCGAGAGCAGCAGGGAGGGGAGAGGAGGAGCCCCACCCCCACCCCCAGUCUGUCUUCGGGCCCCGCACGGGCCCCGCCGAACCCGGGAGGGGGAGGGACGGAGCUGAGGCCCAGAUGCUGGUUGGCAUAAGAGCCAUGGAGUAAAGGGCGCUGUCACCCACCUGAGGGGGGUGGUUGCUGCUGGGCCGGAAGGUCACAAGUCAGUCCCUGCUUCUCACCGAUGAACUUGACCGGCACUGAAUCACCAGCUUGUUUCGUAGCUUCACGGGCAAGAAGGCCACAGCCACUGAAGAGAUGUUGAUGGAGGAAAUUGGGGGGUACCGUGAAGACACCUAGAAAUGGAUUGGAUGGCUUUUCAGCCUGUGUGACAAACUCCUGCACCGGGCGGAACGGCAUGCGAUAACAGCCAGUGGAAUAUUAGCGAUGGUUUUAAAAAGAAAAACACUCCCAGAGUCUCAUUAGAACAGAGGCGUUUGGGAGGAAAAUCAAGCUGAAAUUAAAAUGAAUUUAAUUCAAGAGCUGGGGUCUGAGAACUGUAGUAAAACCUUUUUAUUUAAAAUGUUAGGAACUAAAAAGAAAAAUGUUGGGGGGGGGGACGGGGGAAAGUUUUGCAUUAACUACCUCAGAUGAUCCUAUAGUUCUAUUAAAGAGUAACAGUUAUCAAAUACUGAUGAUUGUUAAGCUUUACCCCAAAAAAGAAUUUUGCUGUAUUUAUUAUGGGGUGCUAAUUACAAUUAUUUUCCUGCCUUAAAGAUCAAGUUAUAAUUUUUAAAGGGAUUUUUAUAUAGUUUUACUUGAAUAAUAAUUCAGUAAGCUGAAAAUGCACAGCUAAAAUUCUUUCAUUUAAAAACCACUAAUAGUUGUCAGAUGUCAUAUAUUUGAUUUAACGUCCAAUCAAAAAGAGGAAGGAAACGAGAUUUGUGAAGUAACAAAUUGUCAAAGCAAUGUCUGUUGUGUUGUACUUCAUUUGAAACAAUAAUAUGACCCGUAAAAUUACUUUAGGAAUUUUAUUUACCUUUUACUUUGGACUAGUUUCCAUUACCACUUUCACACACCAGGCAUUGGCAUAUGCUCUUUCCUUAAUCCAGAAUGCCUAAACUUCAAAUUUGUAUUUUCUCCUUGCACUUUGCUUGUGAAAAGUCUAAAGUGUCUCAUAUUUUUAGAUUGUAUUAAUCCUAAUUCUUCUAAACACUCUCCCAUCCCCAAGUGUAAAUGCUAGCCAUUUUGUGAAAGUCCAUUUCUUCAUUCUAACUGGAUGAGUUUACCUCUGGAAUAAUGUAGAAUUUCUUAUGAUUGGUUCCAUAGGACUAAAACUAAAACUCAUUCUUUGCAGUUAGCUGGUUAUACCCAAAGGAAUUUGAGGGGCAGGGGGACACAAUUCAGUCCAUGGCAAUAAGCACACUACCAGGAAAUACAGCAAAAAAUACUCGUGGCAUGAUAGUUAUGAAAUAUUUUAAACACCGUACAUUGAGAAUACCUAUAUUUAAAAGUCACACAUCAGAUUUAGCAGUACACCAGAUUUUGAGUCCUGUCAUACUGAUGGCAAGAAGAUGAGUUGAACAAUGGAAUAGUUUUUUUGUGUAACAGGGACAAAUAAUUUCUACAUAUGCACAUAACAUUGCACUAAUUUUAGAUUUGUUUAGAGAAAACUUGGGUGGCAUGCAGAAGAAUGGAGAAGCCUUAAUGCUUUUGACUAUUAAUAAUGUGUAUAGCAAAACUUUUCCACGUGCUGUGGAGCUCAAGUAGGUGCUGUAUGCGUAGAGUAUAGAAACGUUAGUAUUUGACUUAUUGUCACUAUUGUACAGCUUUUGUUUACUUCUUCAUCUAUUUUUUAACCCUAUUUACUCUUCACUAGUUUAGACAUGAGUCAAAGCAGCGAAGGAUGUAUGAAAAAGAUUAGCGGUGUGAAUCUUGACAAGCUUAUAAGUGAUUUCUCACAGAUAGAAAAGUUGCCUAAAAACAGAUGUACUUGAAGUUCCUCUCCCCAAAUAUAGACAAAUUACAUGAUAGACCAAACCCACAAGUAUAUAUUAGGUUUUUUCCCCCUUGUCUGCCUUCGAGAGGAAUAAGAAUAGUUGUUGAGAAGAUAAAGAAAAUGAUAGAAACCAGUGGAAAGAAUAAUAUACUGGAUAUGCAGUUGGAAAAAACUAACUAUUUGUUAAAAGUAACGCAAACAAAGGAGGUUUCAAUUAAAAAAGAAUGUUCUGCUCUUCAUAAUAUGAUAAAAGGGCUACAGCAGACCAUUGAACAUCAACAUAAUUUGAAAGGUGAAAAUGAACAACUAAAAAGAAAUGCUGAUCUUAUGAGAGAAAAGCUGAAGUCUCAUGAACAAGAAUAUAAGAAUAAUAUUGCCAAACUUAUGAGUGAAAUGAAAAUCAAAGAGGAGGGACAUAAAAUAGAAAUAAGGAAACUUUAUCAGAAUAUGCAGGAAAAAAUUGAGUCAAAUGAAGAAAAGCAUAAAGAACUGAUAGAGAAAAAGGAGGUGGAAAUUUCAGAGUUAAAUGCAAAGUUAAAAACUCAAGAAAAGGAAAAACAAAGUGAAAUAAUCAAAUUACAGCUCGAGCAGAAAUUGUGGAACCCUGGAAAACCAAUAGAAAUUCCUUCAACUUUUAUUAAAAAGAGGCAGGUUGCUCCCUAAUAAAUGUGUGGACAAUACAUAUCAGAAGGGCAGAUAAACUAGAUGUUUAAAAAAAUGUUAAAGGUGUUGUAUGGAAACCAAUUUGACAAUAAAUUGUAUUUUAAAAAUAAUAAUAAUAAAAAUAAAUUAAAAAAAUAAAUAAAUGUUAAAGGGACCUUACAUAGGGCAUCUCAAAGGCUGCAGUUCUAGUUCUAGGCUCUAAAGCCUUUUCAGUAGGUUGUUUAACCAGAUGUCAGAAUCUCAGAGACAUUGAUGUUUUGACAAUAUAUUUGUUCUUUAAAAUUUUUUUCUAGAUUCUACCCAUCUCCAUUUCCAUCAUUCUUCCAUUGCUUUUCCCCAGUCUGACUCCCACCUUACUUUAUGUUGUCAGAAUUCCCCAGUUUGGUUAUUAAAGAUAACUUACUAUUCACGUUCAUGGAAGUUUGGUAUCUCUGGGGUGUUUGGUGAGGUUCAGUGUUGAAAUCUGUAUAAUCUUUGAGCAAAAGGGAACUGAUGUUGACUUGACAGGCAUUUUGCUGCUGCUACUGUCUCUGGUCAAGUGUGCCCACAACCCACGGAGAGGUCUGGAUAGCCAACUGAGAAACAAUAAGCCAUGUUUCAGGUUCUACCAUCAACUUCUAAUCCAUUGAUUGAAAAUGUGCAUUUUGUUUGCCAUCUGUGCCCUGUGUCUGGUGGAGCCCAAAUCUGUGGUUUACACUGAUGCACACAACUCUUUUUGUUCCUCGUCUUCAUUGUAGCUGUCCAUUUUUCUCCUCAAAUCAGAACACAAUCUCACAGAGUUUGUUUUUAGACCACAGAGAGGCUACACUGAACUCAACCCGAAGGGAAGAAUUAUAAUGAAAGAUUUUGCAAAAAAUAUAUGUAUAUAUGACCUGUAAGAAUAACUUAUGAGAAUUUUUUAAACCUGAUUCAGUUUAAUGUCAAAAUAGUAAGAGUUCAGACUGAAUCAACAAAAUUAUAUCCAGAUUCUACCACUUAGUCUCAAAGUUUUUAGAGUAUAUGAGUUUUUAUCCCAUGACUGUUGACUAUACUACAUUUCUUUACAAAAGGAUACUCACAGUAACGUGAAAAUAUUUUUAUCCAUCUUUAACUAGACUCUCAACCCUAGUUAUCUAGAUUCUUUGCCUUGCAUGAUAGAAUCAUCUAUCAUCUAUCUUUUUAAUGUCUUAAAAAGAUAAUGCUGACUCCAUCCCAGAAUCUCUAAGGUAGUGCCCAGGUGUUUGGUACUUUUAAAAAGCUCCCCAGGAAAUUUUAACAUGGAGCAAGGUUAAUCUUGUUUGGGUGUUCCUUGCUCUUUCUUAAAAACUGUUUCUUAAAGAAAAACUUCUCUAUAUUGUAUUGUACAGAGAAUAUACUUAAAUUAGAGAUUGCAUGUUAAAAGAUAUAAUGGAUUAUACUUAUAUUUAUAGAAGCAGUUGUUUAACUAGAAUGUUCUCAAUGACUUUCUUUUUAAACUUGAUUCAGUUUGAUGCCAAACUAGCAAGAGUUCAAACUAAAUCAAAAUCCUAUGCAGAUUCUACUGUUUUGCCACAGAGUAUCUACAGAAGGGUAUGUGACAUUUUUUUCCAUAGUCAUUGUGUAAGAAAAUAAAUGUUCUCAGUGUGUUUCUAUAAAAGCUAUCUAGUAUUUACUAACAAUAUACUUAAGUUUUUCUUAAAAUAUAUCACACAACCAGAAAGAUACUAGGUUUUGAAUAAUACUUAAAAGUCACUUUCAAUUUAAAAUAGUAAAUCUUAGGGGUGCCCAGGUGGCUCAGUCAGUUAAGUGUCCAACUUCAGCUCAGGUCAUGAUCUCGUGGUUCACGAGUUUGAGCCUCUCUCUCCUCCUCUCUCCCUCUCUCUCAAAAAUAAAUAAAACUUUAAAAAAUUUAAAGACAUAGUAAAGCUUAGCAUUAAAUUAAAACGUUAGAGAAGUCGUCUGAUCUUUGGUCAUGUAAGGAAUUCCAUGAUCUGUUCUGAACUAAGGCUGACCUACUAUUCUGAAGUUAUUUAGGCACUUAGGUAAUAUAUUUUUUUUAUUGUUCAACUCCUACUUUAUGAUUCAGAACUUCAAGCUAUAUACAAAAAAGAGAAUAAACUAAAACAAAUGGUGCUGAAACGUGUUUUAAUAUCCUUAUUCCAGUUGUACCCCAUAAGCCUCAUAAAAAUAAAAUCAUAAACCUUUCAAAACAAGCUUUUUUAAUCUACUUAAACCAGAAAUGUAGUUUUUGUUGUUUUGUUGCUUCUUGUAUUUAAUCUUACUAUUUCUGAAUUGCAAUAACAAAUUUUUUGCUGCUUUAUUUAGAAGCUUCAACAUCUUCAAGAAGAAAAAAACAAGGAGAUUGCAGUUCUUCGUAAUACCAUUCGCAAUUUAGAGCAACGUCUCUCUGUUGACAAAGAUUCUCAACUUAAACCUUUUGACAAAGGUUCUUGCCCUAAGCGUAGACGGUUUUGAGUAUGACAGUAAAUUCAUUAGUUGCUACUUCAUUUCUUUAAAAGCAGUUGAAAAUGCCACUUCUGUCAUUAAUAUAACAUAUUACCUAAAUAAUAACAAUGAAAAAAAGAUCGCUUUAAACAUUUUAAAUUGAGUUUAUUUAAACAAAUCCACAUUUGGCCAACUGUGUGUACCACAUUCUUGCUUAAUAGUAUUAACCAUAGAGGAGUUCAGGUUUAUAGCACGUAGUUUACCUAUUGAACCAUCAUUGACUAUGGAAAUACUUUCUAAGCAAUCAAGAGA